AUGCACGCCUGCUUACUCAUUCCAGAGAUUCUACAACACAUUUUCUCUGACAUUCACGAUGUCCCUAGCGGUUUACCUCCUUGGGAUCGCUUCUCUCAACCUGGCCGACAAGAGUCGCGACGUUCUUUAGCCGCUCUCUCUCUCGUUUGCCGUUCCUUCAAAGAUAUAGCUUUGGAUAUGCUCUGGGCUGAACUCAAGAAUUUGGAGCCACUUUUCACUUGUCUUCCACCAGAUUUAUGGGCCAGGACUGAUGAUCAGAAGCUUAUCAUGCAGAGGUCUGCAACUACAGAAGAUUGGUUAGUCUUUGAGAAAUACGCUUCCCGGGUGCGAGUUCUGGGACAUUCAGAUGUUUUUGGAAGGAUAGAUGCGAAGUUCAUCCAUGACAUAAUGGGCUUUUCUUCACAGUCACUGUUGGUACCCAACCUCCGAGUGCUCUCCUGUGGCAGGUGUCCUCGUGGUCUCCAUUCGUUUAUGGGUUACCUCCUGGGUCCUCACCUCGUCAAUUUACGCCUGACAGCGUGGGAAGCUGAUUUUUGGACGACCGUCAUGUCUCCGGUGGUAUCAAGUUUGGGCAGGCAUUCACCACAACUGGAGGUCAUCACACUACCUACAAUGCCUCGUCAAAUUAAUGCUCUCGCUGGGCUCUCGCGGCUCCAGACGGUAUCACUUGCCUCGCUCAGUGACGAAACGUUGUCCACUCUAUCUUGCCUUGUUGGCCUUCGAGAACUGGAUAUCACUAUUACGGAACCUUUCGACGGCGGCAAGCUUCAAUCUUGUACCUCUUGUCUGGAUAAAUUAGUCAUCCGAUCAUCAUCCACUUUGACCUUCGCCGGACAAACCGUAGAAGGCUGGGUUGUUCAAUGCAGAUCGUUGGAGCUGCGGUUCUUCCGUCCUGAAACUGCGGUUGACGUCAGAUUCGCCCUAUGCAAGUUGGUCAAUAUUUUACUUUGGGAUGGUCUGGAGUGUAUCCUACUCAACGGAACCAAAAUGGACGAUGCAUUCAGCCUCGAUACAUUCACUCCCCUCAUGCAAUUCUCCGGUCUCCAAGAAGUUUCUCUUACAUCGUUUUGUAUGUCAUUGAUUGACGACGUUGCACUUGGUUCCAUCAUCAAGUCCUGGACACGCCUUCGGCGCCUUGAUCUUGGAACUGCUCAUUUCUGGCAGACACGACCCAGGAUUACUUUUUGUGGCCUUGUGACCUUGCUAUCAUCUUGUCCCGAACUUACGAGCCUCGGUUUGGUAUUCGACGCUACGAAUGUAGGUCCGCCCACGGAUGAGAAACCGGAAGGUGGGGUUUGCAACACAAAUAUCAUCAACUUUCGUGUCGGAUGCUCUCCGAUCGAACAACCACAGCAAGUCGCGGUUGCGCUCUCGGCGAUCUUGCCAUGCUUGAGAGAGAUCAAUGUCGAGAUAUUUUGGGGCCCCGACCGAGAUAUACGAAAGGCCAAGUGGAGCGAGGUAUUGGAGCGCAUUGGAAACUGA